AUGAUGUACAAGUCCAGUUUCGGCGUUGAGUUGGAGUUUCUCGUGGCCGUUGGACUAGAGACGGAGCAAUACUCCACGCAAGAAGGAUAUGAGACUGGCCACCGACGAGGUCAGCCGGUAUUCAUCCCCGAGUCUCAAUGUGCCUACGAUGGUGUUGAUCUUUGCUGCUACAAAACGAUUCAGAGCACAAUCGAACAGCACCUUGGUAUUGUUAAUCCAGCGACCAGAGUCCUACCACCAGGUCAGCCGGUCACGGAUGAUUACGAGAGCCUCGAAGGCUACUCAAAAUGGACUGUGAAGCCGGACUACUCAAUAAUGCUACCAGAAAAUCAUGGUAUUCUGGGCAAGUUUCGUGGAUACCACUGGGUUUGCGUCGAAGUCACUUCACCAGCCCUUUGGGCUGCCCCGGAGAGUUUCAAAGAAGUCAAAAAGGUUUGUGAGCUUCUGAGGACGAACUUCCUCACUCUGAUUACAGACUCCUGUGGGCUGCACAUACAUUGGGGCCGUGGAAGCGGCUGGGUUCCCGUCCAUCACCUGAGACAAGCUGCUGCUCUGCUCUUGGCUUGUGAUCCCUUGCUGGCCCAACUACACCCCGAGAGCCGCAAGGACAACUACCAUUGCCUUAGUAAUCGUUACUUUUCCGAAGUGGCCCAGAGAACCUUGACCGCCGAACAAGUCAAUGAGUCCCUUGAUGAAGAAGCCCUGGAGCCCCUCGCGUUCGGCCAGCGCGGCGGCAGAGGGACGGAAUACGCGGGUAGCUCCCGCGUAUUUUCACGUCGCAUUGCCGCCGGUUGUCUAGAAUGGUACCCCUUUAAACCCCACCAAGUUCCAGUGAGCGUGGAAAAGUUUCACACGAGCCUCCGCGCACCCCAGAGUACCCCCAAUACUGCUCGGCAGCUACCCAUCUGUUCGCUACCGGAAGCGGUGGGUAGGUUGAUGAACAGCUCCUCGAAGAUAAGCGCAAGAAAGCUUGCGUUCAAUUUCAGGAACUAUAUACCGGGAUUCUACGGCGAGUCGGACGUUAAGAGGACAAUAGAGUUCCGCCAGUGCGCUGGAACUUUGGAUGGAGAAGAAGUGGCCGCUUUCGCUAAGUUAUUCAUUGGACUGUGCGAAUUCUCCGAAAAGACGACAAUCAAUGACUUGUGGCAUUUGAUUUUGAAAUGUGCUGAAGCUGAGGUAGCGGCGGCGGAGUGGCCUGAUGUGACAGGAGACGAUGUGUUUGACAUCUUGAUCGAAGCUGGGCUCGCCCAAGAGGCUGAAGCUUUGCAAACAGUCACUUUGAAAAGACAAAGUAAGAGCAAAGUCUCAAGGGACGAGUUGGCACAAUUUUAA